GACAGCACCUUCCUGUGCUGUGGAAAAGAGAAUGUAGCUGGCAGGAAGCGUAACGAGAGCUACCCGAAAACUUGACAUCAGCUGAACUCGCUAGUAUUCAUUUUAGAAUGGUGAAAUGGAUGAGUUUGUUGUAGGGGGUGGGGGUUUCCUGGAUUUACACAAAAACAAGCACAACUUUUUUUUCCUGUAAAACAACCCAGUUCUGUGUGUGUUACAGUAAUACACAGGGUAAGCCUUCUCAUUUUCUUUUUAUAGGAGACUUUCCCCCCCUGCCCAAGGAAAUUGAAUCUCAAAUGUCCAAGCUGAGCAAAGCGCUUCCCUGUGUGUAGCCUUGGCUUUUGAAGUGAUUUAUGCAGUGCGUAAGAAGCAGGCUGGAGUGUGCUGACUUUUAGUGGAGUUAGCAAAAUAGCAGGCUUUUCUACAGUUUUCAGUACGACAGCUGAGGAAGGAAAAAAAGGCAUUUUUUUAGCGCUCUUCUUAAUGUUCGUGAGCAUUUGAAGAGAAUGGGAGGUGGAUCUUCAAAAGAAAAAGCAGUUACAACACCUGCGCCCAUUUCAACUGCUGUUACUGUACACACCACUGUAUAUACCACCAUGACCACAGCUGACUUUAAAGCUUCAGAAGUUAAAUGCUGGAUUGAUAACCAUGAAAUUCUCUACAUCUCACUAGUCUUUCUCUCUGGUGUCCUGCUGACUGUUCUGGUUUUUGCAGUCAUCUGUCUCUGCAGGAAAAAGUGCAAGAGAUCCCACCACAGUUCAGAGGAGCAAAGUCCCUCCCAGACGGUGACUGAGGAAUCUGCCAACAACACCCAGAGUGAAGUUGCCUACACCUCUCUGGUAUUCAGGAAGAGCUCGACGCUGAUGGCCGUGUAGUGAAAAGGCUUCUACUGAAAUGAAGAUGCUUUUAUUUCUUGCACAUCAAGUGGACCAGAACAUUACCUCGAGGCCCACGCUGCUCUGAGAAACGCCAGCACUGCUGUAUGUAACACCAGCGUGUUCUAUGGUUACUAUGGGGAAAUAAUAUCUCCUGUUCCAAACCUGUGGACAAAUUGCGUUUUAGACCAUCUUUCCUCAUCUGGAGAAACCUCAGUGAGUCCCUGCAAAUGCACUUGUAAAGUUUCUGUUUCCCUUCUCAACCACUGACAAUACCAUUUUUCUUGGGGUUUUUUUUUCCGUUUGCCAAGUGCUCUGGUUAGUUAUGUUCUGCUUAUUGAAGUCACAAUAAUGAAAUAUUUGUAUGCAAACGACUGCUUCCUGAUUGGGUCACAUAAAAGAAAUGCACAAUCACAGUGUGACAGUCUGGAAAUGCUAUGUUAUUACCCAUAGCGUUCUAAAUAAAAAUCACCUCCUCUUCAUAAACUUGGGAAUAAGUUACUACUAGUGACACAGCAGCCACAGAGAAGCCUCUCUGCAUGUCCCUGUGCCUGCAGACGGGAGGUUUGUUGUCUGA